ACAAGACAAAGAACAGGUAAAGAGGGCACACACACUUUUACUGUUUAUACCAAACCAAAAUCACGAAAUUCAAAAUCCGAGUACCAAAAAAUUCAAGCCAAGUCAAAACCAAAACCAAAGUAUCCAGCAAUUCAAGUCAAGUCAAAACCAGAACAAGAGUGCCCAUGCAGGCAUGCUGUGGGUGAUCAGGCCACGUUUCCACUCAGAUGGAGUGGGGCAAGUUCCAAAGACUAGUCUUACCAAGUCAAGCCAAGUCAAAACCAGAACAAAAGUGCCAAUACAGGCACACCGUGGGUGAUCAGGCCACGCUUCCUGGAGUGGGGCAAGUUCCAAAGACUAGUCUUACCAAGUCAAGCCAAGUCAAAACCAGAACAAAGGUGCCAAUACAGGCACACCGUGGGUGAUCAGGCCACACUUCCACUCACGUGGAGUGGGGCAAGUUCCAAAGACUAGUCUUGCCAAGUCAAGCCAAGUCAAAACCAGAACAAAGAUGUCAAUACAGGCACACCGUGGGUGAUCAGGCCAUGCUUCCACUCACGUGGAGUGGGGCAAGUUCCAAAGAUUAGUCUUGACAAGCUUCAGAUGUCCGGACUUCAAGUGCCAGUUCCUUCCCGGUGUUCAGCCAGUGUUAAUCCUUCUCGGGAGCCUGCUAUGCGCUGCUCUGGCAAGGCGUUCCACCGGGGCCAUUUCCUACCUGGGAGCGCUCUUUGGAUCGCGUCACUCAGGCUGGCCGGAGUCCUCUUCAGGGACGCUCCACAGGGCUCCACAGGGCUUAAGCCGCCUAAGGGGCUGCCUCAGCCGUCCGUCAGUCACCUCGCUUCCCGGUCAGGGAACCAAGGACUGUAGCAGGACAAGCCACAGACAAAACCUCUCAGACACCAAGCUGUAGAAGGAAGGGCUUUAUUCAGCUGGGAGCAUUGGCAAGCUACUGCCUUAAAAUCCGAGCUCCCGGAGUGCACAAUUUCUGUCCCUUUUAAGAGCUCACAACACUAAAGAGUUCACAUGAAAGGGUGGUGAUUGAUUUGAGCGAGCAAGGGGUACGUGACAGGGGCUGCACGCACCGACGGUCAGAGAGAAACAGAACGGGGCAGGGAGUUUCACAAUGUUUUUCUAUAGAAUGUCUGGAAUCUAUGAAUAACAUCGGUUUCUAAGUCAUGAGUUGAUUUUCAACUACUAGGUUUAGGCCAGGCAGGCCCAGGUCCAGUUUUGGGCCUGGCGCUGGGCUGCCUGUCUUUGAUUUCACUUCCUUUUUUUUUUUUUUUUUUAAAAACAGGUACUGAGUAUAAAACAAUAUGAGAGGGUCUCUCUCUUCCCUCACUUUAACUUUCGGAGGGCUGAAAUUCUUUUUAGCCUUGGUUAAUACAGCAAUUCAUUCCAUUCUAGCUACUGUUAUUUCUCUUACUAUAAUUUUACUAUUAGUACUUAUGCUAUUAUUCUAUUAUUUUCUUAAUUUUCCACUUAAUUAGGAUAACAAACCGAGGCCGGGCUCCCAUCCUCCUCAAGCACACGAGGGGGGCCUGGCCCAGCAGGGAGCUUCGCCUGGUUUCUGAGGGAAUUCCCGGCGGGCCUUUCCAAAACAUGCCCGUUCCCUUCCACUAACUUCAGGGGCCGAGAAUUGGCACUUUCACCCUCCUCAAGCCGGUGGCGCUGCCUCGCUGGCGUUCCCAGCGCGCAGCCAACCGGAUGCCAGCCGGGGGCGUUAGCACUGCCAGCAUGGGGCGCCCGCGGACCUCCGACUGAGGCAGCUGCCGGGAGCCGGAAGUGUCCCGGGCGCCGGGACUGCGAGGGGGCCGGGAGCUCCCCAAGACCGGAAGUGUCCCGGGGCCGGGAGCGCGCGGGACCCCGGAGCGCGCGGGGCCGGAAGAGGCGGGCGGCUAGUGGAGGUCCGCAGAGUUUGGGCGCCAGGCGAGACGGCAGGGCUUAAAGUUCCGGGAAUCAAAGAUCAACUCCCACUGAGGACAAAUGGACCUGUAAUUCCGGGUGUGACGAGAGAACGAGAUUUACCUUCCUGAAUUAAAAAACAGGUCAUUAAGCUUGGGCCCUGACUCUUCUUCGUGAGAGGGUACAGAGAUGGAAACCUUACAAUCCGAGACUAAAACGAGGGUCCUUCCCUCAUGGCUGACAGCCCAGGUGGCUACAAAGAAUGUGGCACCAAUGAAGGCCCCCAAGAGGAUGAGAAUGGCAGCAGUGCCAGUGGCAGCAGCAAGGUGCGACACCUCUGGUCAGAAGACUCCUGCGAAUCUGGCAAGUGGAGCAGGGGCCUCCAUGACCUGGGCCAGGUCUUCCAGCCUAGGCAGAACAGCAAGACUCCCUGUGACAAGGACUGUGUACUGCAUGAAUGAGGCCGAGAUAGUCGAUGUUGCUCUGGGAAUCCUGAUUGAGAGCAACUAAGAGGUCUUUCUUGGCUCUAUGAGAACCUGGUGGGAUUCCUGAAGAUAAAGUCCACGAAAAUGAAGCUCCAGACAAGACUAUGGCCACUAGGAGUUUCUCACUUUCAAGCUAGUGCGCACUCAGCCUCUGGCAAUUUGUUAAAAUCACUGUUUAAGUGUUCCUACCAGUUUAUGAUUCUAGCAGCUUCUGCUUCAGACAAGCAGAUCUCAGCAGUGACUCCCUGGAUUCGUCUGUCUCUUCAGAUUUCAGGGUAGUGGUUUACUUGUCAGCCUCAGUUCUCUGAUGGAUCCAAUAAGUUGCUGAUUUUUAGUUUGUUCAGCUUUUUUGUUGUUGUAAGGACAGGAAUGUUGACUUUCAAGCAUUAUUCAUGUUGCAGCUAAAACGAGAAGGCCCCUUAUUAUCUGUUUAAAUAGUAAGUCUAUAUUUUCUUCUAAGAGUAGUUUUAACUCCUACAUUUGUUUCUGUGAUCCAUUUUCUAUUAUUUUUAGUGUAUGGUAUAAGGAACACGGCCAACUUCAUUCUUUUGCAUGUGGAUAUCCAGUUGUCCCAGUACCAUUUGCUGAAAAGACUAUUUUUUUUCCCCAUCCAAUUGUCCUGGCAUCUUUGUUGAAAAAUCAAUUGAAAUAUAUAUAAAGGUUUAUUUACAUAUUUUCAAUCCUAUUUCAUUUAUCUGUAUGUUUACCCUUAGGCCAGUACCACACAGUCUCAAUUACUAUAGCUUGGUAGUCAGUUUUGAAAUCAGGAAUCCUUAAACAUUGUUCUUUAUCAAAAUUGCUUUGGUUAUUCUGGGUCCCUUGUAUUUCCAUAUAAAUUUCAGAUUCGGUUUGUUAGUUUCUGCACAAAAGGUAGCUGACAUUUUGAUAGGGAUUGCACUGAAUCUAUCAAUUUGAGGAGUAUUGCCAUCUAGCAAUAUUAAAUCUUCUGAUCCAU